CCACACACGCAGCCUCUCGCGGCAAACGCAUGCCCCCUUGGCCUCGCCCGAUGCCUCACCACCCUUCGGUCACCUGACGAAUCCCUUCGUCGCAGUCGCAACCAUGAAUCUGCUCCUCUCCGACGACUACCUGCUUCAGGACUACCCUGAAAGCAUCACCAACACGAUCCGCUCCGGCCAUUCGACCAUGCUGCGGUUCAAUCGCAAGGGCGACUACCUCGCGUCCGGCCGGGUCGACGGCACCGUCUCCAUCUGGGACCUCGAGACGAUGGGCGUUGCGAGGAAGUUGAGAGGACACAAUAAGAGCAUCACAUUUCUCAGCUGGUCGCGGUGCGGACGGUAUCUGCUGUCCACGUGCCAGGGCUGGAAGGCCAUUCUCUGGGACCUGAAGGAUGGGCAGAGGUUGCGCGAGGUGCGCUUUCGCGCGCCAGCCUACAUGGCGGAGCUGCACCCCUGGAACCACCUACAGUUUGUCGCGUCCCUCUUUGAGGAGCAGCCGGUCCUCGUCGACAUGACCGAACCUGUCGACGUCAAGCACAUACUGCCCUCGGCCCCGAAACGCGCCAACGCUGACGGCGAUGCAGCUCUCAAGGAGAAGCAGGCCAAAGAAGACGCGAAACAGAUGACGACAUCGGCCAUCUGGACGAUAGCGGGCGAUCACAUCAUCGCAGGCACGAGCAAAGGCAAGCUCAACAUCAUCGACGCGAGAACGCUCGAGAUCAUCUACUCCGAAAAAAUAUGUGGCGGUGUCAUAACUACAAUGCGCAUGACCGGGUCCGGUAGGGAGCUCCUGGUCAACUCGCAAGACCGCAUCAUUCGCACAUUCCGAAUACCGAACCUGUCGGUGGAAGACUUGGACCCCGAUACGAUACAGGUGCCCCUCGAACACAAGUUUCAGGACGUCGUCAAUAAGCUGUCGUGGAACCACGUCACGUUUAGUGCAACCGGCGAGUACGUUGCCGCCUCGACGUAUAACAACCAUGAGCUGUACGUAUGGGAGCGGAAUCAUGGCAGCUUAGUGUGCAUGCUCAAGGACCCAAAGGAGGAGCAGGGCGUCAUAGAGUGGCACCCUUCCCGAGCGCUCCUAGCAGCAUGCGGGCUAGAAACGGGGCGGAUAUACAUAUGGUCGGUGGUGAGUCCUCAGAAGUGGUCGGCGCUGGCGCCAGACUUUGCCGAGGUGGAGGAGAACGUCGAGUACAUCGAGCGGGAGGACGAGUUCGACAUUUACGCGCAGGAGGAGAUACACCGGCGGCGACUCGAUGCCGAGGACGAGGACGUGGACGUCUUGACGCUAGACCCGACCAAGUUUGACGACGAUGUUGACGGGUUUUGCAUGCCCAUCCUCUUCAAUCUUGGCGAGAGCGACAGCGAAGACGAGUUCAUUGCGGUGUCGACGGGGACGAUGCGGCGGCGAAGUCCGGGCGAGGGCCAGAGCGAUGGUGACGGGGUGGCCGACGCGGCGCCCGCCAAGAGGGGGCCCGCUGGCAGGGGAGGCCGAAGCAGGAAAAAGUGAAGUAUACUGUAGCCAUAGCUUCACGCACGCACUGCGCCCAGUAAUUGACCAGAGU